AAUAUUGUUAUCCACAUCCUUAUCAGAGCAUUAAAUUAUUGCCACACACGAGCACUAAAAGAUUUUUGAACAAACGAUGGAAAUGAGUUUGCAGUCUCCAUGCCAGGGCCUGGCUAAGCUUCUAAUUACCUCAACAAAUUUUCAGUCUAAAGCCUGUCUUCUUCUUUCUAGUUCAGUCCCUUUUCAUUCCUCCAAAACCAGCUCCUUUCUUCGAAUCAAAUCAUCAAAGAAACACGUAAAUCUUAGAGUUGUUCAUGCUUCUGAAUCUGAAACCACCUUAACUGAUUUUGUUGCUGAAAGGUGGCUUCUCGAACCUGUUGGUGAUGGAGAUUCAAGGCACCUUGGCUAUAAGGCUCCAAUGCCAGAUGCUUUCGUAAUUUCUUCUAGUGAGGUAACCGUUGGACGUCUUCCCGAGAAGGCAGACAUGGUGAUUCCAGUUGCAACAGUGUCUGGCUUGCACGCCCGUGUUGAGAAGAAAGAAGGGAGCUUGUUGGUGACAGAUCUGGACAGUACAAAUGGGACAUUUAUUGAUGAGAAGCGACUCAAGCCUGGAGUUGCUGCCGCUGCAUCAUCUGGGACUUGUAUUACAUUUGGGGAUACCCACUUGGCAAAGUUCCGUGUGUCAAAACUGGAGAAUUUGGAAGAAUCUGAUGGUACUAGUGAAAGCUCUUCUGUCACUACUGAAACAAGUUAAAAAAAAUCUAUGAUUUCAUAUGACUUGGGGGGAACUCGUCUGUUUAAUCUGUGUUGUAUCAAUUUAUUUUCGACAUUACUGUUUAAUUUGUCUUUGGUUUCAUGUUGAAUAAAGAUCACCACUUGACGAAGAGAAA